AUGCGACCCGUCACUUUCCAGUUGCUUGUAUCAUUGUCGCUGAUUGUAUUAUCGGCAAGUGAUGCAACUGUCUACUGCAUUGAUUUGGAUUCAACUCAGUACCUAUGUAAAAACUACGCAGUAGAUCCGAUUACUCAACAAUCGGUAACUUGUUCUGCUAAUAACUCGAUUCAAGUGAUGUGUGAAUCGGCAGAACAUGUAAAAUGUAUCGGAAAGGAUCAAUUUGGAGUCUUCAAUAAGACGAUUCCGGAUGGAUGUCACUACGGGGCUCAUAUAAACUACACAACUGCAGUCCUUCUAUCCAUUUUCCUCGGAUUUUUCGGAAUCGAUCGUAUUUACCUCGGGUAUUAUGCUUUAGGUCUCAUCAAAAUGUUCUCAUUGGGCGGUCUUUUCGUGUUUUGGCUCGUCGAUAUUAUCCUUAUCAGUCUCCAACUAUUGGGACCCGCUGAUGGAACAGACUAUGCGAUAGCGUAUUACGGUCCCAAAGUUCAAAGAAUAAGAUGA